GUCACCUUCGCGCCGUUUUCCGUUUGUCGGAUGCCACGCUCUUUCUUGAUACUACUAUUCGGUGAAGAAGCGUGAAAGAAGCACACAACGAAGACAAUCAUGUUCACGAGACAGAGACGGACACAAGUGUGCCACGGCUCACUUGACACUAACCACUGAAUAAGAGGUUUCACGCCGUUACUCAGAGCUGCUCGUGAUAUUGCUACUACCCAUCUUCUUGCCGCUCACCAUGUCUGGCAGUAGCGUCAUCCGGCUUGUGGCCCUGGGCAACGGCGUCUGGCUCGAUGAGAUCAGGAGAACAGGUCAACAACCAAUCAGGGAUGUGCCCGGCGGCUCAGUCACAUUCGCUACGGUGGGAGCACGACUCUUCGUGCCCGAUGAACCAAGAUCAAUCGGACUUGUCUUUCAUGCUGGCGCAGAUUUCCCACCGGAUGUCAUUGAGCUCUUCCGAAGCUGGGGUGUGACACUUGAUCUGAAACAUGUCAAGGCCCCAUCCGCGCGAGGUGUAGUGUUCUACGACGAGGCCAACGAUGAGCGGAAAGGCUUCGAGCGCCUUACAAAGCCGCUGCCAAUAACAGUGGAUGAUUUGUCAGGCACGCGACUGCUUGCGGCCAGUGCCUUCCACUUCUUCGGCACAGCGCAGUACGUAGAAGAGUCAGUGUCGCACCUUGUCCGAUUGCGCCAAGCCAAUCAUCAUAGCCAAACCCGACCCUUUGUCGUUUGGGAGCCCGAAGCUAAGUCAUGCCGGCCGGACACGCUCUCCGCGCAUCAGCAAGCAGCUUCCUCGGUGAAUGUGUUCUCACCUAACCACUUAGAGCUUGCAAGCUUCUUCGCAGACGCCACGGCGACCUUUGACAAGGCCGUCAUUGAGCGACAUGCUGCAAUGUUUCUCGAUGCAGGUAUCGGUACUAACGGAGAAGGCUGCAUAAUUGUUCGUGCGGCAAGUCAUGGCUGCUUGGUCAUGUCACGCCAGGUGGAGGCUCGCUGGCUGCCAGCAUACUAUGAACCCGGCUCGGGGAAGAUCAUUGAUGCUACAGGCGCUGGAAACGCUUUCUUGGGCGCUUUCAUAAUUGGUUGGCUGGAAACGGGAAGUUUCCUUGAAGGCGCCAUUUGUGGACAGGUCGCUGCAAGCUUUGUCAUUGAGCAGGUCGGACUACCAAGACUGUCUGGUCACGGUUCAAGUGAGGUAUGGAAUGAUUGCAACGUGAUUGAUCGUCUGGUGGCGUAUCGUAAGAGGUUCAAAGAAGACGGAGAGAAGGGGGGAAGGGGGGGCCGCUGAGGGAAGCGACCAAUAAGAGAAGUGCUGGGCCGGUCUUGGCAGAAUCCUGCCGAGCCUUUGCAGUCGAUCAACUGCACACCU